ACACAACUGUGACGUAAUCGUCGUCAGUGAGCAAACAUGGCGGCGAUUAGAGCGCUUACGAGAGCUGUUCGCUUGGGAUCACAUAGCAUCAGUAGAAGUUUAAUAUUUAACGGCGUACAGAGACGAGGAAUAGCAGCUUGCAUUGACCCCUCUGUAGGACUGACAGAUGAACAAAGAGAAUUUCAGAAGGUGGCUUUUGACUUUGCUGCCAAUGAAAUGGCACCACAUAUGGCAGAAUGGGACCAAAAGGAAAUCUUUCCUGUGGAGGCCAUGAGAAAAGCUGCCCAGCUGGGGUUUGGAGGGAUUUAUGUGAACCCUGAGGUUGGGGGCUCUGGACUGUCCAGGCUUGACACUUCUAUCAUUUUUGAAGCAUUAUCCACAGGGUGUGCCAGCACUACUGCUUACAUCAGCAUUCACAACAUGUGCGCCUGGAUGAUAGACACAUUCGGCAACAAAGAGCAGAGGGAGAAAUACUGUCCUGAUCUCUGCUCUAUGCAAAAAUUUGCUUCGUACUGUCUCACAGAACCUGGUAGCGGAAGUGAUGCUGCGUCCCUUUCAACCAGUGCAAAGCUCCAAGGAGAUCAUUAUAUUCUCAAUGGAUCCAAGGCGUUCAUCAGUGGAGGUGGAGACACAGAUGUUUAUGUGGUCAUGUGUAGGACUGGUGGAAAGGGACCCAAAGGUAUCUCAUGCAUUGUGGUUGAAAAAGGAACCACGGGGCUCAGCUUUGGCAAAAAGGAAAGGAAGGUUGGUUGGAACUCGCAGCCAACCAGAGCUGUGAUAUUCGAAGACUGCGCUGUCCCAGUGACCAAUCGGCUUGGAGCAGAGGGAGAGGGCUUCAGCAUUGCCAUGAAAGGCCUCAAUGGAGGGAGAAUUAACAUUGCUUCUUGCUCCCUUGGAGCAGCUCAUGCAUCUGUGCUGCUGGCACGAGAUCACUUGUGUGUACGAAAACAGUUUGGAGAAACGCUUUCAAACAGCCAGUACCUUCAGUUUAAGCUGGCAGAGAUGGCCACCAAGCUAGUAGCUUCUCGGCUGAUGGUGCGACAGGCAGCGUCAGCUUUGCAGGAGGGUCGACCGGAAGCUGUAGCGCUCUGCUCAAUGGCCAAGCUGUUUGUAACAGAUGAAUGUUUUACAAUAUGUAACCAAGCCUUACAAAUGCAUGGAGGUUAUGGAUACCUAAAGGAUUAUGCAGUACAGCAGUAUGUCCGAGACAUACGAGUGCAUCAAAUAUUGGAGGGUACAAAUGAAGUGAUGAGAAUGAUCAUCGCCAGAAGUUUGCUCACUGAAUCCUAAUAAACAUACAGUGCUGCUCGUGGAUGGGACAGAGGCUUGUUACUCUGGUGCUGGGUUCUGUCAUGUAUAGUUACUGUUGUCUAAAAUGUACACUACGAAUAUAAAGGUUGUUUGCCUGUAUUUGUUUGUACAGAAUAUAUUGUUUCUGUGUGUUAACGAAUGCUUUUGAGAUUGCUGAUGUCAGAAAAACCUGUUGAUUUUGAUUGUGAGUUAUUGUUACAGUAUUUUAUGUAGUUGGGAAACUUUUCUGGAUGUCUAGUAAAUAUUUAAUGCCUUACACUCUUGAAAUAGUAGGUCCAGAUUAUAGUAUUUAUUAGUAUAACAUAUUGCGGUGGUUUUCCGGACAGGGCUUUAACUCUAGUCUAAGACUAAAAUGCUUGUUUGAGUCAGUUUGCACUGGCAUAUAUCAGUGCCAUUGUUUUGUCUCAUGAUGCACACCAGUAAUGUUUUUUGUAAGGUAUGUUUUAAAAACUACUUGAAUGCCUAACGAAGGCGUAGUUCUGGAUAAAACUAAAACCUGUAGUAAAAAAAAACAAUAGGGAUUUUCAUCUGUUUAGGGUAUAUUUUUAUAGCCUAAAGUUACCAGAAAAUCUGUGUACUUAGUUGAAAUCCCAUACCUAAAAAUAAGUCUAAUGCAUCUAAUCUGACUCUUUUUGGUUACUUUUGAACAUUUAGGGGUGGUUUCCAGGACAGGGUUUAGAUUAAUCCAGGACAAGGCCUUCGUUAUAUUAGGACAUUUAUGUCGUUUUUUACAAAAAAACAAUACUGGUGUGCAUCUUGAGACAAUACAAUGGCUUUGAUAUAUGUUAAUAGAUGUCAGUACAAGUUAAGGCAGCUCAAACAUGCUUUUUACUAGAAUGAAACCUGUCUGGGAUCCUGCCCCUAAGAGACCAGAUUAAUUUAGCACAAUAUUUUACCUUUUAUGCAAUGUUGCUUUUAUCAUGGGUAACAAUGUUUGUAAGAUCAUUUAAAGCACAAAAAAAUCCACAUUUCAAUUAUUUAUGUAUGAUUUUCAUUUUUAGAAUGACUGCUGUGAUUUAAACAACGUGUCAUAUUGUGGGCCAUGUCAAAUAAAACCUUUAAAGUGUC